AUUUUGUUUUCAUGAAAAGUGAAAAAGUUAUUUUAUGUUAUCUGUUAAGUUUUCAAAAGACAGUUUCGAUUGUCGUAUGUCGUAGGUUUAACUGCCCCCAUUUAUUCUGUGGAAAAAUGUAAGAGAUUAAUAAAAUUAGUUGUUAUGUAAAACCGUUUUAAGACAAAACAAGAAGUAAAAAUGCAUGAAAUUUGCAUGGAGAAAAUGAAAAGUUCCAUUAUGACCUACCUGUAUCUAGCCCAACGUUAGAUUUAAAUCCUUCUUUUUGCCUCUAUGGUUCAUUUCCUUUAUAGCUUUUUGAUGUAGCCAUUUGAUAAAGUAGAUGAUGUUUUCAAUGAUCAGUUAUGACAAGUAGAGGAAAGUACAAUUUACCAAACAGUUUACAUAUUGUAAAAAGCCCUGUAAAGGUUCUCCUUGUUUCCAACCUUUCGGUUGGCAUCGGAACGAUGCGAGAACUUUGGUUGGAUACAGGAACGCUGGUCAGCGUUCAAGUCCAGUACAUUAAAUCACCCAUGGAUGUUAUGAUUAAGAUUGUCAAUGAGGAUGGCAAGUAUGACAUUUCUGAAAAUGAUAUAUGGCGCUGCUCGAAAUCUGCUCUGAUUCAUGUGGAUGAGAACUUAUAUCCGUUCAUCCAGUCAGUGCCAUCACCGCAUGAAAAAGUACAUUUGCUCUCGGACAAAUCUCUAUGUGAACAACUGGCUAACUUGAAGCUUGGUGACCGUGUUUAUGUCGUUUUGGAAGAUGACACACUUAACAAUGCAGUCAUCCUUUAUAAAGGUACAAUUCCUAAAAAAGGACCUGGAAUCUAUUUUGGAGUAGAACUCUUGGAUGACUAUUGCAAAGGGGACACAGAUGGGGAAUACAAAGGCACAAAGUAUUUCCAUUGCCCAAAAAAUGCAGGACUUUUUGUAACCAUAAGUCUGAUGAGACCAGUCGAGAAGAAAAUGUCCAAAUCGACUUAUACAACCCAUACGCAGAAUCAGAACCAAUUGUACUUUCAACCAGAGAAUAAAAGGGACUAUGAAAGGAGCAGUUAUAAACUUAACAACCAUGAGAUCUAUAGUACGGGGCGGGAUAGGAGGACAGAUAGUGAAAAAAGUCUGGGGACUAUUGAUAAAAAAGGAAAAUACACCCAAUAUUUGGGGAAUGACUCGUCAACACAAGUUCGUGAAUCAGACCUAAGAAGAGAUUAUGUUUUAAAUUCUCCAACAGAUAAUGAAGAUCUUAUAUUUUGGGAUGAAAGCAAAGAAGAUUACUUUAAUAAAGCAAACCGCAACUUACUGUCUCCAGAUGGUGGUAGCAACGGAAGUGAAGGAAAUGGGUAUUACGAUAUGUCAAGCUUUUCUGACCAAGAUAUUGCAGUGGGAUCUGCCGUUGAGGUCAUUUACAACGAUGUACCUCACUACGGUGUGGUACAGUGGAUUGGGAUUCUAAAGGAUGACCCAAAAAGAAAAAUAAAAGCUGGAAUUGAAAUGGAUAAAGAGGAUCCGGAUUUUACAGAUGGCAGUUACAAUUUCAUACAAUAUUUCCAUUGUGCCCCGAACCGAGCGUUGUUCGUAGAUAUUAAUCAUUGUCAAUUAGAUUCUCGAAUUUCUGAGUCAGUCCCUCCAGUUUCGAGAAAGAGUGAAGAUUUUGGAGCCGUGGAGAGUCCGGUGGUGACAGGUUCGGUGUCACCGAUUUCAAGGGAAGGAGACAUAACACCUAUUUGUGGGAAAUACAAGGGAAUCCAAGGACACCACAACUCCUGUUAUCUCGAUGCAACCCUGUUUAGCAUGUUCACAUUUACAAGUGUCUUCGAUAGUUUAUUGUACCGACCAGCUGGGCCUACAGACAUACCCCAUUACGACCAAGUACAGAGAGUCCUUAGAGAAGAGAUCGUCAAUCCUCUUAGGAAAAAUAAUUUUGUUAGGGCAGACAGAGUGAUGAAGCUGCGUAGGUUAAUGGAACAAUUGUCUUCCGUCUCCGGUCUUACCACUGAAGAAAAAGAUCCAGAGGAAUUUUUGACAUCUCUAGUCACACAGAUUCUGAAAGCAGAGCCAUAUUUGAAACUUAGCUCUGGACAAGAAGCCUACCAUUACCAACUAUUUGUAGAGAAAAACGAAAAACUAGUACUACCUACAGUGCAACAACUAUUUGAGCAAAGUUUUUACUCCAGUGAUAUUAAACUCAAAGAAGUUCCUGCUUGCCUUAUUAUUCAAAUGCCAAGAUUUGGGAAAUCGUUUAAAAUGUACCCUAGGAUAUUGCCUUCGCAAUUGCUUGACGUCACUGAUGUCAUUGAAGAUUCACCACGGCAGUGUAGUGUUUGUGGAAAUUUGGCAGUGUUUGAAUGUAGGAAUUGUUUUGACGAAGGACAUAGUUCAGAAGUUGGACUGCAAAAUACUGCAUUUUGUGGCACUUGCCUCAAGAAAGUGCAUGCACACUGCAAACGAACACAUCACAGUUAUCGGCGCAUCAGCCGGCCUGAUGAUUAUAUCAUACACGGUGUUAUACCUAGGUUAUAUAUGGAAUUGUUUGCAGUAGUGUGCAUCGAGACGUCUCAUUAUGUCACAUUCGUCAAAUGUGGCGAUGGUUCAGAUGCGCCUUGGUGUUUCUUUGAUUCUAUGGCUGAUAGAAAAGGUGAACAAAAUGGCUACAACAUCCCUGAAGUCGUCCCGUGUCCUGACCUCCCGCAGUGGCUUUCUGAGAAGGGUGCACAGGCCCUUCAACAAAUCAAAGACGAUCGCCAGCUUCCAGAACAUGCAAAACGGUUGCUUUGUGAUGCUUAUAUGUGCAUGUAUCAAAGCACAGAAGUCAUGAUGUAUAGAUAAAACCGCUGAUUUUAUUAAGACUAUAACAAUUUAAAUUGUUAGCACUUUUUAAUUUACCUUAAUUCUCUUAUAAAUGAUUUUGGAAUGUUGAUUGUGAUACUUGAAUUUUUUUAUGCAGUUUGACAAUGUGAAAAUAUUUUAUUUCAAUAGUUGAAAACAUAACGAACAACUUCCUUAAGAUAAAUCAAUAAUUAGUUGUAGCUUAAUUUUGUGAUACUUUUUAAUUUCAUACAGAAUUCAUUUGGUUUUGAAAAUGUCUGAGACAUUUAGAAAUUUUAUAAGUUCAACAGUGACUCAAUUUUAAUGUUUUGAUGUGAAUGUUUAAUAUGAAAGAAAAUGGUUUACGACCUUAAAUGCCUAAGAAGUUGCGAAUGUCAUUGAAUUUGUGUCCAUACAUGUUAUUUUGUACUUUCGCCAAGUGUCUAAAUUGUUCUAGUCUAGAAGGAAACACUAUUAAAAAAGUAAAAUAAAAAUAUGUGAAGUCUAUAAAUAAUUAAAAGCAGAAGUAAAUAUUGUAUUGUAUACCGGCAGUUUGUACAUAAUGUACAAUAAUUUAAUUUUAGAAGAAAACACAAAGUUUAGGAGCUUUAAGAUAACCAGACAAAAUAAAAAUGGUUGUGCUUAGAUUAUAAAGAAAAAUGGCUUUUCGAUUAUUUUAAGUACUAUGUUAAUACAGAUGACGCUUUACCUUGAAGUAUUAAGUAUUUAAAAAGGAAAAAAUAUUAACUUAGAUUUUUAAAAAACGUUAUCGGCAAAUGGAUAGAUUUAAUUAUUAUAUAUGUAAUAUUUUGUUACUAAAAAUAAAAUUAUUUUGCACUGUAAAACACUAUAAAAAAUAUAACUAGAUUAUUUUUUACAAAAAUAGUAAAGUUGUAGAAAACAUUGGAUACAUUUUUCUUGACAGCAAAGCCGAAUUAAAAUUGAGAUUGUAAUUUUAAAAAACUUCACAAUAACAAAAUGCUUUUCUUAAUGUGUACUUAAAAGUGGUUACAAAAAUAUAUUUAAUAAAAUAACUGUCUCA